AUGAAGGAUGGCGGUGUCCUCACUAUUGUUGGGGCCCUUGGUGCCAUCUUAGGUAUCAUUUUCGUUGCAAUGCGCUUUUAUGCCCGGCAUAUGACGAACAACAAAAUUGGUUGGGAUGACUGGUGCAUUCUCAUAUCGACUAUCGCAGUGAUAGGAGGAGAUGUCCUUGUCGUCGUCGCAAACGCUAUGUAUCCGAACGGUGCGGAAGCAGCCUCACACAAAGAUCCAAGUUACGAAUAUACGGAGGACGACCUCCAUUAUACGAAGCUGAGCUUUGGUGCGACUAGCAUAUACUUUACAACAGUUUCGGCAACAAAGCUUUCAAUUCUUCUUAUGUACAACCGUAUAUUCUCUAUCAGCAAUUCAUUUCGACGUCAAAUUCUUCUUCUUAUUUUGCUUACGGCUGCAUUUUGGAUAACAACAACGAUCAGCAACUGCCUCAACUGCAUCCCUAUCAAAUACGUCUGGAUCAAUGCCAAGGCCGACCCACGAUACUGUAUCAAUUACAAUCUAUACUGGAUGGGGUGCGGCUCGGCCGAGUGUGCAAUUGAUAUGCUCAUUCUUCUGGUACCUAUACGGACCAUAUCUGGCUUGAAAUUGAGUCGCUCCAAGAAGAUCGCCGUGGCGGGUGUCUUCAUGUUGGGCACCUUCGUUAUUAUAUCCGGGAUCGUCAAGGUAGUACUUAGCUACGCCCCUGGAAGCCGACAGCCGAACUUUGGGCAGACUUCAUUAUGGUCAUCCAUCCAUAUUUCCACCGGCAUCAUCGGUGCGUGUCUUCCGAUUUGCUGGCCCGUCUUCAUCCGCCUCGGAGACUUUUGUCAGGCAAAAAGCCUCCUGCUUCAUCCGUCAGAGGACAUUGAGCAUCCUGCCUAUGGCUUUCACGAUCCAUCGACCGGCCAGUCCGACGUUCAUGAGCUACUACAGCAUAAAGAGAAUGUGCGCACAUCAGUGCCCUCCAUCAGUAAUAGCACUGACUAG